AUGAAGUUCUCAACAGUAAUUCCAAUUUGUGGACUUAUAGCAUCAUCAAUUGCUAAAGGUGUAAUAACUGGUAAAAUUACAAACAAUAAUAAUGGUGAAAGUGUACAUUUUGGUGAAAUUGACACACAAGUUAUUAAAAGUUUACCAAUUGAUUCAUCAAAAGAUAUAAUAGAAAUUGAUUUAAAAAAUAAAGAUUUAGAAGGUCAUAAACCUGAACAAAUAAUGAUAAGUUUAUCUGAUGUUUCACAACCAAAUUUAGUUACAAAUUUUGUUCCAACAGUUAAGGAUGAUCAAAUUAAAUUACAAAUUAAAGCUAGUUUAAUACCUGAAAUAUUAAAAUCUAAAGAUUCAUUGGUUUUAAAUUUAAUUAUUGGUGACUCUAGUGGCUCAUUGAAUUUAAUUAAAAGAUUAAUUGAAUUAAUUCCAAGUCAAGAAUUUAAAAGUUCAAGUAAGUAUGAACGUAAAUCAAAAUUCGGUAUUCAACCAGAAAUUCAUCACAUUUUCAGAGGAGAUGAAAAAACGAUUAAUCCAAUUAUUCCAAUUUUUUUCAUAGGUAUUGCAUCAGUUUUAUUUUUAAUUUUAAUUGGUUCAUGGUUUGGAUUUAUUGGAGUAAAUGAUAUUUUCUUCAAAACUUUUAAUAAAACUUCAAUUGGUCAAAUAUCUCAUAAUAUUUUAUUUUUUACAUCAUUGAUUGGAUUUGAACUCAAUUUUGUCAAGUAUUAUUUGGGUCAAUCAAUUUUUACGACUUUAUUUUAUGGUUUCAUUUUGAGUUUUCCAUGUUAUUAUUUUGGAUUAAGUGUAUUAAACUAUUUAGCCAAAAAUCGUUUAUCCACAACAAAAACAAAAGCUGUCAAAUUAAAAGCCAAAGAUUGA